GAAAUGCUUGUUCCACUUUCUAUAUUUGUACAGCAGCAGCAGCUAGCUAGGCAAUGUGGCCUGCCUUGUGUGUGUGCGGCAUUUGCUGAGCAGAAUUGGGAGCCAGGGUCACAGUAUUUGUCGUUAACGUCCAUCUGUCUGUCUGUCUGCGUCUGGGGAGGACUGGCAUUCCGGGUGAAAGAGUGAAGACUGGAAGUGCUAGAGAAGUGCAUCGCUGCAGCUCAAAGAAAAUGAACGGUACACUGGAUCACCCAGAUCAACCUGAUCUAGAUGCUAUCAAGAUGUUUGUGGGUCAGGUCCCACGGAGCUGGUGUGAGAAAGAUUUAAGAGAACUUUUUGAACAGUAUGGUGCUGUCUAUGAAAUCAAUGUCUUGCGAGACAGGAGCCAAAACCCUCCUCAAAGCAAAGGGUGCUGUUUUGUUACAUUUUAUACCCGUAAAGCUGCACUAGAAGCACAGAAUGCUCUUCACAACAUGAAGAUUCUCCCAGGGAUGCACCAUCCUAUCCAGAUGAAACCAGCUGAUAGUGAAAAAAAUAAUGCAGUAGAAGAUAGGAAGUUGUUUAUUGGAAUGAUAUCGAAGAAGUGCAAUGAAAAUGAUAUCCGAGUGAUGUUCUCCCCCUUUGGGCAGAUUGAAGAAUGCAGGAUAUUACGGGGCCCGGAUGGGCUGAGCAGAGGUUGUGCAUUUGUGACUUUUACAACAAGAGCCAUGGCGCAAACGGCAAUCAAAGCAAUGCACCAAGCACAAACCAUGGAGGGUUGCUCUUCUCCCAUUGUGGUAAAAUUUGCAGACACGCAGAAGGACAAAGAGCAGAAACGAAUUGCUCAGCAACUCCAGCAACAAAUGCAACAGAUCAGUGCUGCCUCUGUAUGGGGAAACCUGGCUGGUCUCAACACACUUGGACCGCAAUACUUAGCACUUUAUUUGCAGCUCCUUCAGCAAACAGCAGCAGCCUCAUCUGGGAACCUGAACACGUUGAGCAGCCUCCACCCAAUGGGAGGACUGAAUGCGAUGCAAUUACAGAACCUAGCCGCAUUAGCAGCUGCAGCCAGUGCAGCUCAGAAUACACCAAGUGGCACCGCUGCACUCACCUCCUCCAGCAGUCCCCUGAGUGUGCUCACCAGCUCAGCAGGUUCCUCACCUAGCUCCAGUAGCAGCUCCUCUGUUAAUCCCAUGGCUUCUCUUGGAGCACUGCAGACACUGGCAGGGGCUACAGCAGGCCUGAAUGUUAGCUCUCUGGCAGGCAUGGCAGCUUUAAAUGGAGGACUUGGCAGUGGUGGUCUUUCAAAUGGGACAGGUAGCACAAUGGAAGCCCUCACGCAGGCUUAUUCUGGAAUCCAGCAAUAUGCCGCUGCUGCAUUGCCCACACUCUAUAACCAGAGUCUCUUAACACAGCAGAGUAUUGGUGCAGCAGGAAGUCAAAAAGAAGGUCCAGAGGGAGCCAAUCUGUUUAUCUACCAUCUCCCCCAGGAGUUUGGGGAUCAGGAUCUGCUGCAGAUGUUUAUGCCAUUUGGAAAUGUCGUCUCUGCCAAGGUUUUCAUUGAUAAGCAGACCAAUCUAAGCAAGUGUUUUGGUUUUGUAAGUUAUGACAAUCCUGUCUCUGCACAGGCUGCCAUUCAGUCAAUGAACGGCUUUCAGAUUGGCAUGAAGCGUCUGAAAGUACAGCUCAAGCGCUCUAAGAAUGACAGCAAGCCAUACUGAGCGCCCCUCCCCUCCGGGACUGGAGUGAGAAGGAUCUUUUGGUAAGUUGGAGAGGAGCGCACUUAGUGAUUCGAAGCCCUAAGGCUGUGUUUUUACAGUCCUGGAAGCUGAUCCAUGCCGUUCUAUCUGGCACGUCUUCCCCUGAAGACUCGGCUGCAGCCUCUACUGAGAAUCCUGCUUCGAAUGGAGGACAAGUUUGUGCUUUUGUUUCCAGUGUUUUACUUUGGAGUUUAGGUGCCAUAUCACUGAGUUUUUUUUCCCUUAUUUAAGUUUGCUGUGUUUGUAACCAGUGUGUGUUGAGAAGGACCAAUGCCAGCUCCUUUGGGGGUGGGGAGGUAAGGUCAAAGGGAGCCGCAGAAACUGAAACCACACUGCCUUGAGGUAGAGAAAAGAAGGGGAAGCAGAACUGACACCACACUGCCAUGGGGAGAGGAGAAGGGAAAGCAGAAAUAACACUGAACAGCUGAUGGAAACAAAGAUGAGGAAGGAGAACUGAGUUUAUCUAAGUUUGGGUGAGCAAAGAGCCAACUCCAAAUAGCCUUUGUCAUGUCACACCCAUUCUUUGAUGCUUUCUUAACUCUAUGCCAUGGUGAGGAAUUAAUAAAUCAUCUCUAAAACAGGAGACAGGCUGGAAGGGUGAACACAUUAACGAGCCAAAGGAAAACUGCAGUAUUUCUUGUUUUUUUUUUCUUGCUGUAUAUAAAAUAGUGUGUAUGUAGCACUGUGAAUGUACACAGCACUUUAUAAAAUUCGAUAAUGUCUGCCCAGAAAAUUUCACUAUUUACAGCUGAAUGCUAAUGAGAUGCAGUGGAUUUCACCAUUUUUAAGGAAACUUAUUCUUUAACUAGGUUUAGAGAGACAUAGCUUAGAGUCUGGAUAAAUACGUCUGAGGCUGGAAACAGGAAGCUUUCGAUCUCUGAUAACCUGCAGAAUUUUUUUGCCAGUUUUUUUUCCUAACAAUUCAUUAUAUUCUCCAUUUCUACAGGGUGAUGUCCUUUUUCGGAAUAUUACUUUGAAUUCAUUCUGAUAAGCAUGAUAUGUGCUGUUUGUUUCUCUGUUAAAAUAACUGUUAAGUUGAGAUGCAAAGCACAGUUACCCUAAAACAGCUCUUGAAGCUCCUGCUUUAUACAUGUUUUUAUAGGAUUUGCUUUCUCAGUCUUUCUGUUGCAAAGAUAAUUACCUAUUUAAAAAAACAUAAUCUAAUUUGUGCAGUGAAAUAGUCUAGUAGAUAGGUAUUUCUUUAUACUGCAGUUUUCCUUUAAGGCAGUGUGUACCAGUGCAAAGCAGGGCUAACACACUUUGAAAGCAGAGCAUUGCAACAUGCAGUCUUAUUCCGCAUUUUGGUACCAUUAUCUUUUAUACUGAAGAAAAAUUGAACACAACCCUUCAAUCAACACAUGCUUUUUUUUUUUUUUGCACGGUUGUGAAAUUGCUAGUGCAUUGCUGUAGGGGCCUUAUACCCUGGAUUUUGGGGGCUCAAUGGACUUUUGACACUCUGGCCUGAGUUGUUUUAAGAAAUCAGUGUAGAGUCCUGUGUUAUAACCACCAAAACCCACCUCUGUCACAAGAGAAAGUUUACAAUUUCUGUGUCUUUAACAAAAAUUCAAUUUACCUCAUAUUUUCUCCUUGUCCUUGUUUUCUUUGUAUUUCCAGUUGUUGAUGCUAUUUCCCAGGGCAUGAGCUAUUGCUGCAGCUUGGGAGUCAGCUGCUAAAUAAUGAAUGUGUGGAGUCAGAGAUAGGGUUUGGACUUUCUGUUCUGCUCCAGCAGGAGGAGCACUAAACCCAUCGAACCAUCAUGUUCAGUCUGUGCGCUCACGAGCAGUGGGCUGUUGGGAAUCUAGUGCAUUCCCAUUCUUAAACCUCAGAAGUGCAAGGCCUGACCCAUAGCAUCCAAGAAGAGCCCUUUUCAUUGUUAAAUUGAAAAUCAGUUAGUUGAUGCCUGUAGAUGUUGAUGGCAUACAGACAAACCUAUCAGUAUUAUCCAAAUUAUUUUGUGGUGGCAAAAGUUCAAAGGCCAGAUUGCCAAAUUUCCCAGUUAUGCUGGCAUGUGGUACCCUUCAAUGUUAUUUAUUUGGAUCUCUCUCAAAACGUAAACACUUAAGUGAGCCAUGUACACUUGAAUUCUACACAAUGGGAAAGAUGUGUCCUGGUUUUCUGAGAAGAGAGUGUUGGAGUGUGAAGGCCUCCAGGGUGACGAUGGGAUUUUUUAUAAAUAAUAUACUUUUAAAAAAAAGAAAAAAAAAAAAAGAAAAAAAAUAGUUGGGAGCAGCUGCUCCAGGUGCAACCUGCUGUAACCAAGAAUGUUGUUUCUAUUUUUAUAGAAGUUUUAUACCGCUCCAGGGUGGAGAGUAUUUAUUAUCUAAAUUAUUUCACUGGAAAAAAAAAAAAAGGCCAGGGUUUUGUAGAAUCCUGAAUGUGAUUGUUUUACACUCAUAAUGAUGUGCACAAUUGAAACUACUGAGUGGCCUGUUUGCAGCCCAACAACUGCCAAAUGGGAGACGAAUGCUGUGAACCAGUGGAGGAGAGCACUGUGCUCUGGGGUCUCUACAGUCACUCUUACCUUCUUUGCACCCUACCCCACUGUGCUAUCUGAGAACUUUGUCCUGUUUUUCUUUUAACCUGAUGCUCUGGCCUCUUUAGUAGUCAUUUCAGUUGCCCAAAAUUAGACAUUUUAGCUUUCACAUCCUAUAGCUUGUCCUCAGUGCUGUGACUUACAGAUCAAACUGGGCAUUGUUGCAGAUAGGUGCAACUCCUGUUGUCUUUAGGAGAGUGACCUUUACACUGUUUGGUCAGUGACUCCUCCCAGACAUAACCACCUUAGGUAACUUGGGCUAGCUCUUGUGCCUUACUGGCAUAACUAUAUUAUAAGUAUUGCCAAAAAGGAGAAAAAAAAAAAAAAGCAACUAUGCAGGUUAAAUUCUAAAAUAUGUGAUCCUCAGUUGGUUUGAAUCAAUGUAGUUCUGCUUUCUUCAGUAGAGCUGCAUCAAUUUUCACCAGCUGAAGAUGUUGCCCUUUUUCUGUAUUUGUUUGAGAUUUCCCUUUUUUUGGUGUAUCAGUGUAUAUGUUGCCAAAGCAAAUAAAUGUAUCGAGUUUGUGACUUCA